UGUAUGUGUGUGUGUGUGAGUGAGACAGCAGAGGUUGUGUAUUGCUGCUGAUGAGAGAGGGAGACAGAUAUAACAGAAACAUCAUCCGUUGAUUAAACAAAACAACAGCAACAGGAGUUCGCUAGCUCAUCUAAAACCGCGGAUGUCAGAUUAACGGAUAAAUCGCCGCCGAGGGAUUGAGAUAAAAGAGCAUCGCGCUUUAUUCGCGGGAUUAUCGGUGGUCUUCAUCCCGCUAACAGGCUAAUAACAAGCGCAGGUGGAUGACUCGCGAGACUCGACCUGGAUUUUGGCCUGUUUUUAAGAAAGAUGAAUUGAGGAAUAACACAUUCACGUCAAACCAAAUUGAAGGAUUUAAUCGACUCUGAAGAGAAAUCGGAAACAUCAUAAAUGUCUUUUUUUUUUAGGGGAAAUCAAAUGAGAAGGGGUCGUGUGGGCCAGCUAGUCGGCUAUUAGGUUUACCUCAGAUGUGUAGGCUGUUGAUGCUAACCGCACUGGAACAAUCUAUCAUUUAAGGGUUUUUUUUUAGUAUGGAACAAUGACAGCUGUUUAAAAAUAGUCUGCUGUGUUUAACAUAUGAAAAAGAGAGAUAUGUUAAGCUUUGUUUACUCAGAUUGCUCGGCAAUCUGGUUAAUCUGAGUAAAACGUUUGAAAUAACUGCCUCGUAAUAGGAUAAACUGUGUAUAAAGAGAGUUUAAACAUUAUAACCAGAUUUGAAUACUUAGUAGUUUAUUCCAGGGAAGUGUCAAGCCUCUUAUAAAUGAUUUACUUGAUGUUUUUGUAGCACUAGCAAGUUAAAGAUUACAAGUUAAAUCAACCCAAAUGAAAUUUGUGUGAUAUUUGCAAUUAUACAGCUCUUUAUUCUAUGAAAUGUCCUACAUGGUGUAUUUUUCAUUAACAACAUUAACAAGAAGUAACCUGAAAUACUGAGGUAAUCCAGUUAAAUUGGAUGGGAGUGACCAUGCUUUUGAGAACACUUGUGUUAAAUGGAUUAGAUGAAUGCAAAACAGGGAAGUAAACUCAACUUUUAUUUAUGGAGAGGUUUGCAUAUUGGGAGAAAAAAAGUAUCGCAGCUCGCAUGGAGCUGAGCUGCAACAGUGAAACCUUAUCCUUGUGUCCGCAAAUGUAAACAGUAGUUGAUCAUUUACAGGGAGGUGGACGCUUACGCAUGGGUCUCGACAAGGAUAUUUCUUUUGGUGCGUAUGCUGGAAGAGGUCACCAAUUGCUUUUGAAUUCCGAACAUUAUUACCUUGUGGGAUCAUAACAAAGGACUGGAAUUUCUGGAAUAUUUCCAUUUAACAGAGAGAGCUCGUCUUUUCAAUGGAGCAAGUUCUCUCCAGCCCCCAGGGGUGUUCUGAGUGGGAGGUAAACGGAAAAACGGAGUGGGAAUCCGAUCAGAAUCCUCUGGGAUUUCUCCUUGUGGAUAAAGAGAACAGUUCUGUUGCAGAUCCUACUAAUGAAAUUUUUCAGGAGAAUGCCAUAAACCUAGAUGACUUAUUUUGGGCGUCUCAGACGUAUUCCUGGGAAAAUGGUUUGGAUUGUGUUUAUCCUGAAUGGAAGGCUCAGCCUCCUCCUUCCCAAGAUCUCAAAGGAGAUGGUAAUUCUGGAAUUUCACAACUUGUUGAAGGAGAUCUCAUCUGUUUUAAUUCUAGAUCUGCAAGUCCUUCGUUGGCGGACAGACCAGUGCAGGACAACAACCUUUAUGACCAUGCUGAACAGGUGGAGGUUACUGCCACUUCAAGCACUUUAAAUGUGUGCACAGGUGAGCUGGGCAUUAACGCCCCCACCCUUCACACUGACAAAACAUUAUUACAAGACACACACCUUAUGCUUGAAGAGUCGCAUUUAACAAACUGUGAGUUCAGUUGUAAUUCUGGUGUGGAAAACGAAAGUCAGAACUUCCUUUCACAUGGGACUCGUAACAUCCUGGAAUCUGAAGGUUUGUUUGCAGUUUCUCCUGUGGAGGUGUCUUGUGUGGAUACAAACUCAAAUCCCAAGCCUACAAUUGUUUGUCAGACACCUCCUUUGGCAUCUGAACACAUCUACCUCUCAUCCUCAGCCCUUCCCUGUGAGCCUGUCUUUCCGAUGACAUGCACAAAGCCACAUGUUCCGCCAUAUCACGCGGGUAGUGCAACACUUCCAAUGGAUGAGGUAGAGAUGAUGUUACCCAAACUUCAAGGUGGAGAAGGGGAGAGUAGUAAACCUUCAGCUAAUAACAGGACCCUUGAGCCCCAAAGGCUAGAUGCUAACACGGACACAACACAUCUAUCAGUGUGUCCAUUAGGAGAGUCUGACAUAUCACCUGAACAUUGUGAGGAAAUGCUGCAUGAGUUGUCAACAAAAUGCACAGUGGAAAUGGUUGAAGAGGAGGUAAAUAAGAAGUCUGUGUCAAGCAACACAACUAAUACUGCUUUUUCCAAACCCAAAACAGAACUUUGUGAAGAAUUGUCAGGAUGCACAUUAGGUGUAUUAUUGGAAACAGUCAGUGGAGACGUAAAGGAGGAAGCUGCGUCGGACUCUAGAACUGAUCAUGUUUUUCCUGAAACUCAAACAGAUCUCGCACCAGUUGCUUUAAUCGAUUCACAAGCAGAAGAUCCUUCAACUGAAAGCUUACCUAGGAAAAAUGGACAAGAGGAGUCCAAAUCAGCCUUACCGGUCAGCACACCUGAGCAUAAUGCCUUAUUUGAGCUCUCAUCAGGAAAUGUCGUGUUACCUGAGGACCACAGCCAGUCAACAUUCUCAGCUCAGACUCAAGCCUUAUCUGAGGUCGACCACGAUGGAGACCUUACUCCUGAUGGCAUGUUAACAGACAACAUUGUUUGCGAAGCCGUGACAUCUAUAGACUCUGUAAUUCUAUCUCUAACAGAUUCAUUUGAACUCCCAAAACUGUCUGACUGUGAUUUAAGUUCACAUGAUUUUGAAUCCCAUGCACUUACACUUGAAAUUCAGAAUAAUGUGACAUGCGUUCAGACAGGCAGCGUUGACAAUAACCCUGAGGAAAUGGUGAAACUCUACUCAAUAAAAACAGAUAAUACAGAGAUUCCAGACACACUCAUGGAUUUAGAAAUCUCGGAUUUACAUCAAAAUCAACAAGAUUUAAAAAGCAAGUCUGACUAUUUGCUGAAUGAUUUACUCCAUGACAACAAUCAGGAACCAAAUGCAAAAACUGACGCCUGUCAGGAACAAAUCAGUGCUCAAAACAAUGAAAACACACUUGUUGAAGAUCUCGCUCUUGUGGACCAACGGAAUGACUCUUUGACCACGAAAUCAAGUGCAAUUGCAUUCGAAAAUAAAUCUGAAAAAAAUCUAACCAGUCACGAUAUGGUGCAGAAUGUCGAAGCCAAACAUCCAACAGAUUCAUUUGAACUGUCAAAACUGGUGGACUGUGAUGCAAAUUCACAUGAUUUUGAAUCUGAUGCACUUGCACUUGAAUUUCAGAAUAAUCUAACAUUUAUUCAGACAGGCAACGUUGACGAUAACCCUAAGGCAAUGGAAAAAGAGAUUCCAGACACACUAACAGAUUUAGAGAUAUCAGAUUCACAUCAAAAUCACCAAGCAACUGAUUUAGGAAGUCAGUCGGAAUAUUUGCAGAAUGAUUUACUCCAUGACAAGAAUCUGGAACCAAGAACUAAUGCCUGUCAGGAACAAAUCGGUGCUCAAAACAAAGAAAACCCACUUGUGGAAGAUCUCGCUCUUGUGGACCAACUGAACGACUCUUUGACUGCAAUAUCAAGUGCAAUUGCAUUCGAAAAUAAAUCUGAAGGAAAUUUACUAAGUCAUGAUACACUGCAGAAUGUCGAAGCCAAACCUCAAACAGAUUCAUUUGAAACCACAAAACUGGUGGACUGUGAAGCAAAUUCACAUGAUUUUGAAUCCGAUGCACUUGCACUUGAGUUUCACCAUAAUCUAACAUGUAUUCAGACAGGCAGCAUUGACAAUAACCCUAAGGCAAUGGAAAAAGAGAUUUCAGACACUCUUACAGAUUUAAUACUCUCAGAUUUCCAUCAAAAUCAACAAGCAACCAAUUUAAAAAGUCAGUCGGAAUAUUUGCAGAAUGAUUUACUCCAUGACAACAAUCAGGAACCAGGAACUGACGCCUGUCAAGUACAAAUCAGUGCUCAAAACAAAGAAAACUUUGUGGAAGAUCUCGCUCUCGUGGACCAACUGAAUGACUCUUUGACCAUGAAAUCAAGUGCAAUUGCAUUCGAAAAUAAAUCUGAAGAAAAUUAUGAUACACUGCAGAAUAUCGAAGCAAAACCUCGAACAGAUUCAUUUGAAAUUACAAAACUAGUCAACUGUGAUGCAAAUUCACAUGAUUUUGAAUCCGAUGCACUUACACUUGAGUUUCAGCAUAAUCCAACAUGUAUUCAGACCGACAACGUUGACGAUAACCCUGAGGCAACGGAUAAACAGCACUCAAAAACAAUAGAUCACACAGAGAUUCUAGACACACAAAUGGAUUUGGAUAUCUCAGAUUUACACCAAAAUCAACUAGAAACCCGUUUAAAAAGUCAGUCAGACUAUUUGCAGACUGAUUUAGUCCAUGACAACAAUCAAAAGCCAAAAACUGAUGCCUGUCAGGAACAAAGCAAUGCUCAAAACAAUGCGAACCCACUUGUGGAAGAUCUCGCUCUUGUGAACCCCCUCACUGACUCUUUGACUGUGAAAUCAAGUGCAAUUGCAUUCGAUAAUAAAUCUGAAGAAAAUAUACCAAGUCAUGAAACGCUGCAGGAUGUUGAAGCCAAACCUCACAGUGUGACUUUACAGGGAGGGGAGAGAUCAGAUUGCAGGUCACCAACUCGGAAUCAAGUCAUACCUCAUUGUGCAAGUAAUCCUGAUUCUUUAGAGUCCACUCCCUUUACCUGUACAGAUAAUCAGCUGACCGUGACGGGUGGACUCGCUGGGCUGGAUCUCACAGAGACUACUAGCCAAUCAGGUGAAGCUUCAGGCGAGGGGGAGGCGGGGCUUCCUGUUCUGCCUACACAUCAGGAGGAUUUCCAUCAACUGACACCAUCAGAGAUAAACCUAGCACAAGAGCAACAAGUGAGCUCAGUCGUCCCCAGCUCUCCUCCCUCACACAGAGAUGUCUUUCCCUGUGGAGCCAGCCUGGAUGGAGAGGCCUACCUGACCUUGAUGGAGAACAAUCCUGAUACUCUCAAACAUGCAGAAAUGACUCUAGAUCUGUGCAAGGCCUCAGACGCUCUGCCGACCAAAUCGCUCCAAAUUGCGCCUGUGGAUUUGAUUCAUGUGCCUAUAGUUUCCGCAACAGCCCCUAGAAGUGAGGAGCAGUCUGCUCUCAGAGCAGUUUUCCAGGCUUUGGAUCAGGACGGAGAUGGAUUUGUUCAUAUUGAGGAGUUUAUUGAGUUCGCAAAAGCCUACGGAGCCGAACAGGUGAAGGAUCUGACGCGGUUCUUGGAUCCCAGCGGUCUGGGUGUGAUCAGUUUUGAGGAUUUCCACAGAGGCAUCAGUGCAAUCAGCAAUGAAGGCUCUGAUCCAGAGCUCUACAAGACUCAUCUCAGCGCAGUGGAAGCCAGUGGACCUCCAGAGGAAUAUGACGAGCAGGCGGAGGUCUCUGACAGCGCUUAUCUGGGUUCAGAGAGUGCCUACAGCGAGUGUGAAACCUUCACAGACGAGGACACGACGGCUCUCGUCCAUCCAGAGCUUCAUGAAGAUGUGGAGACAGACAGCGGCAUUGAAAACACACUCACAGAUGGAGACGACCGCAACAGGUUCACGUUGGGCUCUGAUUUGAAUGGCCACACCGUGGUGGCUGUGAUUGGAGGAGAGGAGGAGCACUUUGAAGAUUUCGGCGAGAGCAACAACACCUCAGAUCUGCUGCUGGCCAAUCAGGAGGAGGGAAGGGUGAGGCCAGACGGGGAGGGAGAUGCAGAGCCACUCCCACACUCAGACAGCCCACUGCCCCACCCACUGAUGCUGCUCUCUCCAAGCCCCAGCUCUUUUCCCGCUAGCUUCCAGAAUUUCCUUCAGUCGGAGGCGCUGGAGUUUUUCUGCACUCACUGUCAUAAGCAGAUAAGUCGUCUGGAGGAUCUGUCCACGCGACUGCAGCUGCUAGAGAUGAAUAGCUCCAGCAAGAGGCUGUCCAGUAAGAAAGCUGCAAGACACUUACAGCAGUCCAACAACCUGGAUGUCAUGGGAGAUCUGACUCAAGACAUUUUGGACCUGGCCGAUCGUGACAUCACAGACAAGGUGUUGCUGCUGGAGAAGCGCGUAUGUGAGCUGGAGAAGGACUCGCUGGAGAGUGAAGAGCAACAUGCACGCUUGCGCCAGGAAAACCUCACUCUCGUGCAUCGCGCAAACGCUCUGGAGGAGCAGCUGAAGGAGCAGGAGCUGCGCACCGAGGAGGACUUACUCGCUCAAACCCGAAAACACAGAGAUGCACUUAACAAACUCCAGCGGGAGAGAGAUCUGGAGAUCGAGAACCUCCAGGCCAGGUUGCAUCAGUUGGAUGAGGAGAACAGCGAGCUGAGGUCAUGUGUUCCCUGUCUGAGGGCCAACAUCGAGAGACUGGAAGAGGAAAAGAGGAAGCUUCAGGACGAGGCAGACGACAUCACACAGCGCCUAAAUGAAGAAAGCGAAUCACGCAGGAAAAUGUCCGACAAGCUGAGCCAUGAACGACACACCAACCAGAAGGAGAAAGAGUGCACUCAGGGGUUGAUAGAGGACUUGAGAAAGCAGCUGGAACACCUGCAGCUGUUCAAGUUGGAGACUGAAGCGAGAAGAGGCCGAUCUUCCAGCAACGGCCUGCAAGAAUACAACACACACAUGAGAGAGAACGAACUGGAGCAGGAGAUACGCAGACUCAAACAGGAUAACCGCAGUCUGAAGGAGCAGAACGAUGAGCUCAACGGUCAGAUCAUCAACCUGAGCAUCCAGGGAGCGAAGAGCCUUUUUACAGAGUCUCUGUCCGAAUCACUCGCUGCCGAGAUCAACAACGUCUCCCGCGCUGAGCUGAUGGAGGCCAUCCACAAACAGGAGGAGAUCAACUUCCGUCUGCAGGACUACAUCGACCGCAUCAUCGUCGCCAUCAUGGAGUCCAACCCCUCCAUCCUGGAAGUCAAAUAAUCCCAUCUAUGAACUAAAACAGGAGGCGAGAGGAGACCACCAAUUCAAUCACGAUGUUGAUCAGAUUAUUUAAUGAUUCGCCUUGUAUGGAUGUGUGUGUGUGUGUUGGUUUUGGUGGUUUACGAGGACACAAAUUUGUUUAACCCUAACCCUAACCCUAACCCUAAGUUGUUGCAAACAAUUUAUAUAAGCUGAACAAACACAUUAAGUUACUAAAUUGAAUUAGUUUGUUUAAAUUCAGCCCAUAUAAAUUGUUUACAACCUUAAAUAAAGUAAAUCCAAAUAAUAAUUUUUUUCUGCGGGUCCAUGUAAUUGAAAACUCUUAAAAGUCAUAUUUACAUGGUCUUUUCACUUUUAAAAUUUGCCACGGGUUUCUUGUGAGGGUUGGGUUUAGAGGUAAGGCCAUAUUAUCAUACCUGCCCACACUCCCGUUUUUCCCAGGAGUCUCCCGUAUUUCAGACCCAUCUCCCAUCGCCCUCCUGUUUUGUUAUUUGUCCUGGAUAACUUAAUUGGGAAAAUUCCACCCUCCUCCCUCCAGUCCUCAACCCCCGGGUUGCAACUUUGGUAUAGUAUCCAAUUGCCACGACCGCUUGGUACCUGACCUAUAGUACAAUUAGUUACUAACACCACAAACAUCAGCACCCCCCCACGUUUCUCAACUGUCGAGCGCACACAUAUGCUCUGGCGCAAUGUUCACAAUGCCCUUGCCCUGGCUGACGCUGAUGUUGACGCUCUCAAAAAUGUAACUACACAUCACAACGACACAUAUCGUAAGCUCUGUGAUUGGUUUGCUUGAUAGCUGUGACCAGUGUGGGCAGGACCAAGGGCCGGCCAAACCCAUUGUAGCAACUGUUUACAAGUGUCAAUCCCGUGAAGUAGCUCUAGAUGGAAACUGUUGUGUUUUACCUUAUGAUUAAGGUUGUUGCUAGUCCAACGGUUCCCGCCUCAGAAUGACCGAGAUUUAGCUACUUUUACAUUAAGGUAGCGUUUAGAAAAACAAAACACCCGCAUAGAAACUCAACACAGAGGAACAUAAACACCUACUGCCAGCUAGCGUUUCAGAAGUGUUAUUGCUGAUCAACACAAACAGCUCGCAGGUGUUUAUGUUCCUCUGUGUCGAGUUUCUUCAUGGGUGUUUUGGUUUUCUGAACGCUGCCUUCAUGUAGGAGUAGCUAAAACUCGCUCAUUUUGAGGCGGGAACCAGCGGAUGUGCAACAACCCUUAAUCAAGUAGUGUUUCCUCUAGGAUGUUUUUCCAGCUGUGGCGGCAGGACUUUUUUAAACAGAUCUACCAACUACCUGUGGCGUUAUUUUAAUGACUAAUGUCAUGAGCUCAGUAUUAAGUUGAGAUCGCAUUUAUUUAAUAGCCCACGAGCAUGCGAAUCUCUUUGCUUGCGCGCCGAUUUCCUCUGCUCGUGCACAAACCUUCUUGCACGCCCCCUUAAAUAUAUACGCAGCUCAAGCACAGAUCUUCUUGUGCGCUCUCGAAUAAACGCUGCUGAAGUGUGAUUUAGUGCGUUUAUGUAACCAGUAUGUCUCCAGCAUUUGUUAGAUUUGCUAGGAAUAUUUAUGAAUGCCUCUAAUAGACCUACAGAGCGAUAUUAAUGUGUCCUGAAGUAAAGUGAAACGGCUAUACGUCGUGUUUGCUGGCCUCACGCACCUGUCAGUCAGCCAGUCAGUCAGUACGUAACCUUAAAGGGUUAAACAAAUAUCGCACGCACAGCACAGCACUGUAACUAUGGUUACAAAAACGUUCACGCUGUUAUAAUUCGCUUGCCUUUGAAUACAUUUUGGUGCGAUUAUCACCCACUAUUUAAAAAAAAAAAAAACACGACUGAAUGUUUUAACGAAAAGCUAUAAUGUAGCCGUGGCGGGAUCAAUUUUGGCGUGGCGCCCCGCCAUGGAAGAAUGAAUGUAGCGGAAACCAUGAUAAGGUAAACACAGCACAAAAGUUCUCAUCUGGAGCUCCUCCACCGGACUCGACACUUGUAAACAGUCACUCCAUCGGGUUUGCGGCUCUCAACUAGGCAUGGGCCAGUAUAAGGUUCUAACGGUAUGAUAACCUUGAUAAAAAAUAUCACGGGUUCACAGUAUUGUGAUUACUGCUUUAAAAUAUAUUCUUUAAAAAACAAGUUAAAAAACAAUUUUUUUUUUUCGUUUUGAACAAAAUAUCUGUUUUAAAUCACAUAGUUCCAUAUUUAAUACUACGAUAAAAACAGCAUGCGAGGAGUACCCAGAUAACCUACUACUUCCAGCGAGAUUCUGAAGUGCGCAUUGCUACGCUAUCCCUUGAUGCACCGCAAGAGAAUUCACGAAUGGAAGUCAAGCGGGUAUGUCACGUGAUAAUGACAAAAUGACAUUCGUAGUACGUCCUAGCUCAUUCAUGCUACUCACAUUCAUACUGUAAAGAACGUCCUAAAAGUUUCUAACAGUCGAGUAGUGAAUUCAAAUUUAAAUGCAGUACCUACUGAGUAGCAGGCGAUUUCGGACGCAGCCAAUAUGUUUUAUUUUGAGAAACAUUUAAAAUAUUUUGGAGCAGUAAACAUGUCUGGCUACAUCAUAUAAGUUAAUCUUUGACUUCCGCUAUCUACAUUAGUUUCAAAAACACAAAUUUAUUUACAAUUAAAUACGGCAUAUUUGGAUAUCUUUUCGGCUGGAGAUACUGUUUGUGCUAAAAAAGUAAAAAAAAAUCUUACAUAUACCUUAGGAACGGUUUUACAGAAAAGUUUGGUGGUUUUAAAACCUUGACUUUUCCAAUCCACGGUAUAGCUUGAAAAUGGUUCUCGUCCCAUGCCUACGCUCAUCAAACUGACCAAUAACAGUGCUUGCGCUACGCAUCGUUGCGAUGUGUAGUUACAAUUUUUUAAAGGUGCACGUCAGUGUUGGCUAUGCGACCGUGCGAAGGCUGCACCAGACCAUACGCAUGCGCUUGACGCAGAAGUAUAAACAAAGACUCUAGAAUACACAAGACAAGUCACUCGUAUAGUUUUGAAUGGGGAAAAGUGUAACGAUCAUAUGGUGAAUGAAGCCCCGCCUUCUAAUACAGGAGCCAAUCAGCGAUCACUAUAGACUGAAGGUUCUCCAGGGGAGGGGCUUGAACCAGAUGUCAAUUUCGUGAUCCGAACGUAAAGAAAUGAAACCAAACAGACAGUUGAUGUUUGAUUGAUGUUUCCUUAUAUGAAAUGUGAUCGUAAGCUUGGCAAACCGUUUUGGAGAAUUUGAUGUUUCCCCAUUGAAACAGAAUGCCUGAGAGGCAUUUUAAAGAUGGCCGCCGAGUGAAAUGACUUGCCUUAAGGGGACUUUGGUAUAAAUCAGCCUUUAUUUAAUGCAGAAGUAUAAAACAGCCUUUACUCAGACAAACUAUUUCCCAUCACCCUCCUCCCCCUAUCUCCCUCCCAUUCUCCCAGAAUUUCAGAGACAAAUGUUGGCAGGUACGCCUAUUAUAAGUGGCUUUUACAGUAUGAAACGCAUUACGCCUAUGGAGAGUCCUUAUAAAUCACCAAAACUAGUGUGUGUGUGUGUGGGAUCUACCUGUCUUUUGGUUCCUGUGACUUCCCUGUGUUUUGGGAUUGAGGUGCCCAUUCCUUCUAUGCGUGUUGUGUGUGUGUGUGUGUUCACAAUUCAUCCAAUGAAUUUUGAGUGUAAACGAGUUACCAGUGUAUUUCUGGGUAACGCAGUCACACCGUUAGCCCAUGUGAGGGACAUUUGCUGACCUGAGGGUUGAGCGUGUGCAUAUAUUUUAGCUCGUAAAUGAGUUUGGUUAGUCACUUUCGCUUGUUUUUCAUAUUUAUUACGAUGACGCAGAACGCAAAGGGUCAUUACAGGCCGACGCCCAUCAGAAUUGUGGGUCAAGGCAAAUGAUCCUGCGUGAUCACUCGCUGAGGAUUUUCGUCUGUCGCCUCCUGGCCUGGAUUUAUGUGCAAAUCUCACUGGAAAUGUUCAUUGCACUCUGAUUUAAUUACUCUGAGAAACUAUUGUUUGCUAUUUAAAUAAAAUGAAAAUCAUAGACACUCAAGCACUGAAGGGAAGCAGACGCAAAACCUUUAAACGUGCUUUUUUCUGCGCUUCAUCUCUCUCUGAUGUAAAUAUCGCUUCAUUUGUUUAUUCGUUCAGAAUUUUAAUGAACAAAGUGUUUAAUUUCGUCUUCCACUCGACUGACCUCUUCUUUUCCGUGGACUUUCCUCUCAUCUCAGACGAUGUUUGAUUUUCUCUUCGACUUUUUCAUUUUGAAACGAGUUUGAAACUCAAUCCUUCCUCUUUUUUUGGAUUAUGGCUCUCUUCACAAUCUCCUUUCCUAUUUGUUUUUUUAUCGCGUCCGAUCAGUUCCUGAUGAUCAUUUGAGGACAUUUCUGCAGUCUUCACAGCGAUGGCCCUGCUGUCGCAUGUAUACGGCUGUUUUAGAGCUACUGUAAUUACACUGAUGGACAUUAAAAUGCAGGAAAAGCGUGGCUUCUGUGAACUUCCGCCGACUGUCUUGUCCCUUUAUUUCCUUAUGGAGCCGAUAAGGGAAUCUGACCUGACUUGAUCUGAUGCUAAACAGCUAGAUGAUUAAAACAUUUCCAGUGUCCAAAGAACAUUUCACCGCUUAGGAGGAGUUCUGCUUGCCACUUAGACUUUAAAAGGCUAAUAAUAGUUAUAAAUACAUGUUAAUAAAAGAAAACGGACUCCUUUAUGAAGGAUACAAUUGUAUAAAGGAUGUUUAAUUGUUAAGGUUACUGUAUAAAUGAAAAGAUAUCAGUAUUGUCUUCUGUUGAAUGUUUUGCUUUUCUUUUUCGAAGAUGCCCCCUCCUAAGAUGUAUCUUUUACUGUUCGGGGUCUUAUAGAUUUUCAGAUAAUUGUAUGAAGGUUAAAAGAAAAGUGAAAAUAAAAUUAGUCACCAAUAAAUUAAGUAAAAUACC